GCGUUGCUGACACUGCCAUACAUAAUAUUGUCACUGAAUCAACGCAGAUAUUUUUACGGUUACUCCAACUUGUUGAGGAACACAUAUGUGACACAUUACAUACUUUUUGAGGGAUAUAUCACGAGUAAAAAGUGUCUCUUGGAGUUAAACUCUCUUAUUCUAAACAGGCAUUAUUUAAAACGGCCUAAAGAGGGGCUUUCGAAGGACCCAAACAACAUGUACCGGAUACACUGGGAGCAUGAAGUAAACAUUGGAAUCAACGCCUAAAUUCUCUGUUUUCAGGCUCACUCAGACUUCUCAGAGUUGAUAAAAUGAACAACAUGUCCCCUGAAGUUGCUCUGAACCGGAUCUCACCUGAGCUGCGGCCCUUGCUCUGCAGCGUUGUGAGAAACGGCCGAGUCGGACUGGACUCCACCAACUGUCUCCGUGUCACAGACCUGAAAACUGGCGGUACAUCCCUGACUCCUGGUCCCUGCUGUGAUCGCUUUAAACUUCACAUCCCGUACGCUGGAGAAACCCUGAAAUGGGAUAUCAUAUUCAAUGCCCGGUAUCCAGAAUUACCACCAGAUUUUAUUUUUGGAGAAGAUGCCGAGUUUCUCCCUGAACCUUCGGAACUACCACACCUGGUCCAGUGGGACGCAGGGGACCCAGAAUGUUUGCUCCAGCUGGUGAAGGAGCUCAUCCAGCAGUACCACAACUACCAGUGCCAGCGUCUGCGCGAAAGCUCCAGGCUGCUCUUCGAGUACGACAGCCUGCUGGAGGAUCCCAACUACGGCCGCAGCAUGGAGAUUUACGCUGGACGCAAGAACAGCUGGACAGGCGAGUUUUCAGCACGCUUCCUCCUCAAACUCCCCGUGGACUUCAGCAACAUCCCAGUCUAUCUCCUCAAGGACACAGCUCUGGACCCCGGAGAGGACGUCGCUCUCCUCUCAGUGAGCUUCGAGGAUGCUGAGGCGACCCAGGUCUUCCCUAAACUCUACCUGUCCCCAAGCAUUGAACAUGCUCUGGGAGGCUCCUCUGCACUUCAUAUCCCAGCAUUCCCCAGUGGAGGAUGCCUCAUUGACUACGUCCCUCAGGUGUGCCAGUUACUCACAAACAAGGUGCAGUAUGUCAUCCAAGGCUACCACAAGAGGAGAGAGUACAUCGCUGCCUUCCUCAGCCACUUUGGAACGGGCGUGGUGGAGUAUGAUGCUGAGGGAUUCACAAAACUCACACUUCUUCUUAUGUGGAAGGACUUCUGCUUCUUAGUGCAUGUGGAUCUCCCGCUGUACUUCCCCAGGGACCAGCCCACCCUCACCUUCCAGUCUGUGUAUCACUUCACCAACAGCGGCCAGCUCUACUCUCAAGUGCAGAAGUCGUAUCCCUACAGCCCCCGCUGGGACGGCAAUGAGAUGGCAAAGAGAGCCAAGGCGUACUUCAAGAGUUUUAUCCCUCAGUUCCAAGAGGGAGCCUUUGCCAACGGGAAACUCUAGUGCUCUUCAGCCUAAUGACAUGCCUGGAGAGUCGCCCGUGGGAGUGGAAGUGUGUAUGUGAGUGUGUGUCUGUGCAUGCCAUUGUGUACCUGUAAAUGAGUAUGCACAGACUUACAUUUGUGAAAUAUACUGUAAUACAGCAGUACAGUGAGAAUGACGCUGUGUGUGAGCACAGACGCUGUGAAUUUAUAGAAAUUCAACAUUUAUCUUUCUUCUAGGUUUGAUUAGAACGCACUGUGUGUAGAAGUGGACAUGUAGUCGUACAGGCACUGUAGCUAAAACCUUGAACCACAAACUCUUAAAAAAAAUCCUGAAAUGAGAGAAUAAAUUUGAGCAAACACGACUCUACGUUGUGAUACGAAGAAGUGAUGUGACGAUAAAUGUGUGAGAGCUUCCUGAGAUUGAGCUUUUCCUGCCUGGUCUGAAAAGUGACGCAAAUGCAGAAGUGCCUUCAACCUGCAUUUCCUCUGGUGGCCAGCAGGGGGCGACUCGAUCGGUUACGAAAAUAGUCAACGACCUUAUUAUUGUGAACAAAAAUAUUACCUACUUUUAGUGGAGGUAUCACCUGAGUAAACAUCUAUCUAACAAGUUUAAUGUCUCAGUUGCUAGCUUCAUAUCUUAUGCACUACAACUUGAUGCUAGUUUUAAAAAAGACCCUGUCCUGUAUUUACCAAGACGGACAUGAGGACAUAAAAAAAACCUUUUCCAACGUUCAGUUUCACCAUUAAGUUGUUUUCACUUAUGUUUAGAGCCUGUUUUUCAAAAGCCAAAAUUAGCACCACAAUGAAUCCCACAGUUACAUCAAUGAAAGAUGCACAUGGCCGACCGACCUAGUGCUAGCUUUCCAGCCAAACCUUUUCAUCCAUAUAAUGUCACUUUACACAAUCCCUGAGCAGUCAGUAACAUCAACGAGUAAUGUUGAAGUCUGAUACGCCAAACAGCAGUCAAACCCCUUAGGGCUGCGCUCACAACACUUCAUCAGGAGCAUCUGUUCGUCGUAAACAACAUAAAAACUGUAGAGCUGUAGGGACAAGUCUGAACACCUUUGAUUUUGAUACUCUUCUUUGUCUUGUGUGUGAAUUAAUCAACAUCAGUUUUGCCUUUUAGUUGUCUUCAUGUUCCAUUUGAGCCUCUGACCUCCUGUGAAGUGACAGCUCUGUAAGUUACUGAAGGAUAUGUUCUGUCCACAUUUAUAUCCAGUAAAAAAAGUCUCUAACCCUGA